UUGGUCCAGGACCCCUAGGAGCCUGAGGAGGACUGCACGCGUCCUCUCCCGCCGGACAUGCCGUUCGUAGAGCUGGACACGAACCUGCCCGCCGACCGCGUGCCCGCGGGGCUGGAGAAGCGGCUGGGCGCGGCCACCGCCGCCAUUCUGAGCAAACCCGAGGACCGCGUGAGCGUGACGGUGCGGCCGGGCCUGACCAUGGUGCUGGGCGGCUCCACGGAGCCCUGCGCGCAGCUGUGCGUCUCCUCCAUUGGCGUGGUGGGCACCGCCGAGCAGAACCGCGGCCACAGCGCGCGCUUCUUCGAGUUCCUCACCAAGGAGCUGGCCCUGGGCCAGGACAGGAUACUCAUCCGCUUUUACCCCCUGGAGCCCUGGCAAAUUGGCAAGCAAGGGACAGUGAUGACAUUCUUAUGACUGGCACGCAGGGAUCCGGCGUGUGUGAGUCAGCUGCCCGUUCCAGAUUUCCAAGGUCGGAUCACCCCCUCAGGCAGGCAGCCCUGUGACCCACCCUCAUGCUAAAUAAAUGGAGAGUUCCAUCAUUCAAACUUCUGCACCACCUGGGCCUCCACAGGCAGUGGAGCCUGCAGCUGGGAUGUUUUUCUUUCUUCAGGGUCCUUGUUUGUUUUCAGUGUUCACAUCUGGGCAUGAAGGGCACAGCCUGGAAGCUUCGCUGUUCGUGGCUACGUGCAGGCUGGGGGGUGAGGUGCAGGCAGCUGGCCUGGCCUGGGACUUCCUGCACUUUGCUGACCUCCUGGGGCUCCUGUCGUCAGCCUGGGGUGCCUGGGCCAUUGCUUCUCCGUGGACUGCUGUGCCCUGCCUGGGCAUGGGGCAGGCUGGAGCUGCAGGGACCUCCCCUGGGCAUUCCUGGGUUUCUACCUUCUCUCUUGAUGCUUGCCUAGAAUUCUCAGGAGCUGUGCCCCCUGCAAAACCCAUGCUUCGGAGCGCCUAGGCUGGAAAUGCAAUGUCUGCCAUCAGACAGUGAAUGAACGGGGCCCUGCCCUUUAAACACCAUACCCACUUUCCUGUUUCAGGGCGUGGGUGAGUGGAAUGGGGGAGGAACACAGAGGGGGUCUCCGCUUCCAGAGCUUUCCAGAUGUCCCCUGCAGAGUGCCGGUGUAUGGUGGGCACCACAGUUGCCUGCCCUGUGAAAACACUUGAUAUUCCUUGUCUUCAGUGCACUAGAGAAAGACCCCAUUAAGACUUAGUUUGUGCUGGCGCCGCGGCUCACUAGGCUAAUCCUCCGCCUGCGGCACCGGCACACUGGGUUCUAGUCCCGGUCGGGGCUCUGGAUUCUGUCCCGGUUGCUCCUCUUCCAGUCCAGCUCUCUGCUGUGGCCCGGGAAGGCAGUGGAGGAUGGCCCAAGUCCUUGGGCCCUGCACCCGCAUGGGAGACCAGGAGAAGCACCUGGCUCCUGCCUUGGGAUCGGCGCAGUGCGCUGGCCGCAGCAGCCAUUGGAGGGUGAACCAACAGAAAUGGAAGAUCUUUCUCUCUGUCUCUCUCACUGUCUACUCUGCCUGUCAAAAAACAAGAAAAGACUUAGUUUGUAACAGAAUAUGCCUGGGCCCUGUGUGUGUACGGGACCCCUGCAGGGUACCCUCAGCAAGCCAUGUCUUGGCUAUGUUUUUUCACCUAGCUUCCUGUUCCAGUGAUUUCUGUACACAUUCCUUCUGCCGAGUUAUUUCGUGAGUGUCCUGCUUCUUCCGAGCAGGGCUCAGGCGACGCUUGAGGGUUGGAUGGGAGAGAGGGAUUGUCAUGGAGCCCAAGGAUGGGAUUCUUCAGUCUGACCGAGGCUCAUCAGGGUCAUAAGGCAGCAGCCCCUCCCCUCUGGCUGUCGCAGGUCGUCUGCUUCCUCUGCGGGCUGGGCUGGCUCCUCCCCACCUCGCCCACAUCGUGCAGCUCUGAGCUGAUUGUCCUGGAAGGACCGUGCUGCUGCCCCAGGCUCCUGCACCUGCACAGGCUGUAGGAUGUCUCACCUUUGACUGUCAAGUCACACCUCCCCGCGGCUCUGACCACCGUCCCACCUUUUAUCACAUGUUUUGUGCCAGUGUAUCUGUCAAGAUAAAACCCAGGGCUGGGGCUGGAUUCAGGGCUGCUUGUUAAACUGGGCACUUUUGAAACCAUCUGGUUUUGCUUCUGCUCACCUCCAGCCCCUUCACAUGUUUUGUGCCAGUGUAUCUGUCAAGAUAAAACCCAGGGCUGGGGCUGGAUUCAGGGCUGCUUGUUAAACUGGGCACUUUUGAAACCAUCUGGUUUUGCUUCUGCUCACCUCCAGCCCCUUCUCCCCCCCCCCCCCGCCCCCCACCUUGCAUGUUAUCUCAAAGUGAAGGUUGGUGGCUCAGUGAUUUUUUUUUUAUUCAUCCUGAUAUAUCACUAAAGCUUUAUCACACUGAACUGCCUCUUUGAACUCUUCACCUCAAUACCAUGAUUUAAUUGACUUUAAAGAAAAUAGUAUGUAGGGGCUAUGGCGUAGCUGGUAAAGCCGCCACCUGUGCUGCCAGCAUCCCAUAUAGGCACUGGUUCGAGUCCUGCCUGCUCCAUUUCUGAUCCAGCUGGAUCAGAAAUGGCCUGGGAAAAGCAGCAGAAGAUGGCCCAAAUGUUUGGGCCCCUGAACCCAUGUGGGACACCUGGAAGAAGCUCCUGGCUCCUGACUUGAGCCUAAGCUAGACCUGGCCACUGCUACCACCUGGGGAGUGAACCAGCAGAUGGAAGCUCUCUUUCUCUCUCUCCCUCUCUCUCUUUCAAAAUAAAUAAAUAAAUCUUUAAAAAAUAAUAUGUGUAUGUAUAAAAAUGUUACCGGAGAAAUUGCAGGGUUCUUGUCUUCGCGCAAGAAAGAAUUCAGGCGUGAGACAGAGAGUAGUGGGAGGUAAAAGUAGCAAAGUUUAUUAGGGUAGGGACAUCCGUAAAAACGGAUGGGCACCUCUCCAGAUAGGACCUGAGAGAGAGUGCCCAGUUGCUCAGACUGGGGGAGAGCGGGGCUGCAUGGGUGAGCGCCAGGCGGGCGGCUCAGCAAAGAUGUAGAGAGCUGAGCGCGCAGUCCAGUUGAGGCUGGGGGUUUUUAAGGAGAUGGGUCUUGCUUCCCCCACCUCUGCUCCUCUUGGAACAAAGGGCUUUUUGGAUGUAAAUAGAAAAACUUCUCUUGAAGGUCUGAAACAAAGGACUUUAUGGAUGCAAAUGUUAUCAGACCAGAGGAAGGGAGCAGGGUGUUUGAGAUGCAGAUACUAGGCUGCACCUGGGAGAUUGUGGAAGAUUGGCAGGCAGAAGGGGGCAGGGCAGGCUGCCCCUGAAACAUUAUGGGGAUGACUUUGAGAUGCAGAUGCAUAUGCUGGACAUAGAUGUCUUCUCUUUAGGCCUGUUACACACACAUAAGCUCAUAACUGACUUCCUACCUAACAUAAUGUCUACAUAUUUAGCAGAUGUGGCAAAAUUUUAAAAAUUGUUAAAUUUUAGGGGCGGGCGCUGUGGUGUAGCCGGUGAAGCUGCUGCAUGUAGUGCCGGCAUCCCAUAUGGACGCUGGUUUGAGUCCCGGCUGCGCCACUUCCGAUCCAGCUGUCUGCUAUGGCCUGGGAAAGCAGUAGAAGAUGGCCCAAGUCCUUGGCCCAAGCUCCUGGUUCCUGGCUUUGGAUUGGUGCAGCUCCGGCCGUUGUGGUCAAUUGGGAUGGAAGACCUCUCUCUCUCUCUCUCUCUGCCUCUCCUUCUCUCUGUGUGUGUAAUUCUGAUUUUCAAGUAAAUAAAUAAAUCUUUAAAAUAUUGUUAAAUUUUAAAACUCAAAAAUUACCAUGAAUAAAGGAAUGAAGGUGAAAUUAAAAUUAAAACAAAAAACUAGAACUGGAACUGCCAUGUGAUCCAGCAAUCCCACCACCGGGUAUAUAUUCAAAAACAUGAUCUCAUU